ACAGAAGCCAAAGUGAAGGUUAUUUCACAUCUCACUUCAUCUGUAUAUUGUUCAUCCAUAUUCUUCUCAUUAAAACCAUGGCACUAUUUGGGAAAGUUCUGGAACCUGUUGGGUUCAUGCAGACCAUGCGCGUGCUCGUCGAAGGAAUCUGCUCUUACCUGAAUGGCAGCACUACCUCUGAUGAUUUGGACCCAGUGAAAAAGAAUUUAGACCACAUUGAUAAUGAGCUUAGCUCCUUUGGACCAGGUCUGCUGACUGACGAGGAGGUCCACUGUCUUGAGUAUGACUUGGCUGUAGUGUACAAUCAGCUAGGAGCAUCAGUGAGAGCCCAGGCUGAGUUCACCAAACGUGAAAAGGAAGUCUUUCUGAGCUUUGUUCAGGAGUACAGACUGGAGAGGCAGCUGACAGCGCUGUACAGUCGUAUGAUGGGCAUCUCUGUGCUGACCGAUCAGCCCACCCUGUUGGAGAAGCUUGUUCUUAACCGCAAGCCCAGACGCUGGGAGAUUAAAGAAUUUUGUGUUAAGGUGAAUUUUGUGCUUGGGACAGGCCUGUUGUGCCUUUUUGUUGAGGCUUCUUUGACCGGAAGAGAUCAGGCUCUUCUGAUGAAGAUGUGGUCAGACAGGAUGUCGGCCUUGUACAGGAAAAUGAAAUCCACUGGAGGGCUCUGUUCUGGAUACUUCAGAGAGCAGGCUGAAGAUGACGUAAAGAAGCAGAUCCUGGAGGUUCGGUGGAGCACACACAGUCCAGAGCAGCAAGCAGCAGAAAUUCUAAAAGGUUUAGAGCGAAAUUAUGAUUGGCUGCACUGGGCUGUAAUGGUACACCCCCCUGUGCCAUGUUGGAAGGAGGUUGCUGUGGAGGGCACGGAGGAAACCGAAGAGCAAAGCAGUUGUCCAAGCCUGGAGCACUUCAUCUCUGCUUUUUCAGAGGCUUCCAAUUCUAAUGUAGUGGCUUGUCACAGGGAUACCCCGUCCUCCCUGGAUAAAGCUCGCAUCCAUCAGCUGAUAGUGGACCUGGAAUGGAAGAUCCCAAACCCACCACCUGAAAUCUACGCAGCUAUAGAAGAAGAUCCGGGUAAAGCUAGACUAUAUCUAGCCAAUCGGAUGUUUAAAAAGCUGCAGGAAGGACUUGGCACAAAUAUUGCUAUCUAUGUGGUACCUGGCAAAAUGGAGAUGAAGUGCAACUUUCCUCAGGCUUCAUAUUACCAAUAUGAAUAUAAGCACAGGCUGGCAUCUGGAACCGUUUGUAUAUUCGGGUAG